UUCCUACCGACCUCUUCCAGGGCACCGGAAGACACUAUCAGAACCGGAAGUAAGGUCUCCCGAAUUCGCAACAGCGGCAGCGUUUAAAGUUCAGCGAACAGGUGACUUGGCCGACGACCUGUUUCCCCUUUCAGGGUCCACGACGAGCAAAGAGGAGACUCCAUACCUCUGUUGGCCUAUGGAAAGAACUGAGGCAGAUCGGAAAGUAUCCGGCGCGGAAAAAACGAUGCAACACUCCCAGAGUUGCCGGACGCCCCGCCCCUAGGGAAGGAUUUAGAAGGCUCUCCCUGGGAAGUCACCGAAGGGACCUCCCCGGGGCGUAGCCCGCUAUCAUGGCCACGCCUCAGAGGGCCGGUCCCGCCACUUGGCGAAUGGUGGCUGCAGCCAGCUGGCAAGUGGUUCACCGACGCUGCGUGGAGCACUUCCCGCGAGUCCUGCAGUUUCUGAGUUCUCUGCGCGCUGCCGCCCCCGGCUUGGUUCUCUACCGGCACCAUGAGCGCUUGUGUAUGGGCCUACGGGCCAAGAUGGUGGUGGAGAUGAUCGUGCAAGGCCGGCCUUGGACUCAGGUUCUGAGUGUCCUGAAUCGCCACUUCCCAGAGUCUGGACCUGCACCGCCCGACCCGAAAGCUACAAAGCGGGAUCUGAGGAAGAUUUUGGAGGCACGGGAAACCUUUUGCCAGCAGGUGAAGCAGCUGUCAGAAGCCCCUGUGGAUUUGGCCUCAAAGCUGCAGCAGGAGCUUGAACAAGAGUAUGGGGAACCCUUUCUGGCGGCCAUGGAAAAGCUGUUUUUUGAAUACUUGUGUCAGCUGGAGAAAGCACUGCCUACAGUAGAGGCGCAGCAGCUUCAAGAUGUGCUCAGUUGGAUGCAGCCUGGAGUUUCUAUCACCUCUUCUCUUGUCUUGAGCCAGUAUGCUGCGGACAUGGGGUGGCCGCUUCCAGAGCUCUUUGUUUCUGACUCGGAGAACUUGACUGAGACCAGGGGACCAAAUCCUCCUCAGCAAUCAAGACCAGCUGUGCACAGUCCUCUGCCAGAAGCCAAGCCCAGCCCUCAGGGACCAGCCUCAAGGAAGCAUCCCGACUCUUUAGCUGGCCUGUGCUUCAAUCUGGCCCCUCUAGGCCGGCGAAAACUCCGGUCCCGAUGGACAUCUGCAAGGGGCAGCUAUAAAGAGCGCCCCAUGGUCAUGCUGUUGCCCUUUAGGAAUCUGGACCCACCAAGUCAAGGCAUAACUAAACCUGAGAGCGGGGAAGAGCUUGGGAUACACACAGCGGACACAGCAGGUGUGGGCACAAGAGCAGCCUUCACUGGCAAGUCAAAGAGUCCUUCUCAGGUCCUGGGGGAGAGGGCUCUGAAGGAGAACCCACCUGCCUCGUCUGCCUCAGAGCCAAAAGAGAAUUGCUGGGAUUGCUACGUGGACCCCCUAAGACUAUCAUUAUCACCUCCCAAGGCCAAGAAGCCAGCAUGUUCUCCAUUUCUGACCACUUCAGUCAUUACCAUAGGGGACUUGGUUUUGGACUCCGAAGAGGAGGAAAAUAGCCAGAGGGAAGGAAAGGAGUCUCUGGGAAACUAUCAGAAGACAAAGUAUGACACCCUUAUCCCCACCUUCUGUGAAUACCUCCCCACCUAUGGCCCCAGUGCCAUGUCUGCUCCUUCUCGUGACUGCACGGACGACUCUAGACCCCUGUGAAAGCACUGGGAUGCCCUCUGCCCUCUGCCCACCUGUUUUCUCAGCUGUGCAGGCAGCUUUUCUCAGCAACCCAAGUGGAAGCUCAGCCUUGGGUUGCCUGAAUACAAUGAUAAAAGCAGUGUAAUGCUUGACAAUUAAAUUUUGUAUUUGUCACAACAGUGUCUUGAUGUGGGGAAGGGAAAUUAAAGCUUCCAUGGGACAGGAGAGGUCAUUCCUUAGAACUGACCUUGUUAGAGCUGGAGGAGCCCCUUUGCCUUUUUCCUUCCUUGGAAAGUGUUAAUCACAGGUGCCGAGAAGGGUUACUGUGGUGGUCCUGAGGAGUCACUUCUGACCUGACUACCCACCCUGGAGCAGCACCCAGAUCGGCAACCAGCAUCUCUUUAUACUCCAGGAGCUCUCUAUUGAGCUUUUUAUUGAGGUAUUUUAAUUAUGUGAACAUUUCAGUUGGAGACACCUGAGGAUGUAAUUUAAUGAGGCUAAUUAACAGAACAGUUGUAGUUGUGUGCCACCACACCCAACUAAUUAAGAUUGUUACUUUUAGGGCAAACUUUAAAAUCUUUUACCGGGUCUUUUUUAGGUCAACAAUCUUGAUAAGAAUCAAAUGAUAGUUUUAGGUCUCUUACAAACUUAGGAAACUGUUAAUGACCACAGAU